CCAGCCCUAAACACCAUGCCACUGUGUGAAGGAGACAGCAGCGACUAAGCUGGGAAGGCUACAGGGAGGAGUAAAAAAAAGAAACAGAAGAAGCUUGGCUGCAGUGAUUUGUGUUUAAUUGGUCUGGACUACUGGUGUUCUGUCUUCCUCAUUCCACUAACUAACUGGAGUUUAUAUCUAUUUUUUACAUUUCAGCAACAACUAUCACUACGACUACUAUUGCUAUCCCUAUUUUGCUACUGUUUACUGUAUCUGUCCGUGUGCAUGUGUGGAUCUGCUAACAACAUACAGUACAGUUCUUUACUACUUUCUAGGACCAGCAUACAGAGCUAUUAAACGGAGCUUGGCGCUGAGGAAGGAAAGAAAGAAAAAAAAAAAGAAAUAAAGACAGCUGUAAAUGAAUUGAAUCCCCCAUCUGUUUCUCUUUUCGUCCUUCUCACCAUCGCCUCCGUGUGUCCAACUGAAGAAAAAAUCAGAGAGUGAGAAUUGAAGCUGUGUUGAAACUAUAAAGCAUCAGAAAUCAAGGAAGUCCUGGUCACCUCUUCAGUCAUUCUGCACUGUGAGGAAUAGUGGUUUAAAAAGAAGAGGCUAGGUUACUAGACACUGUCAGCGAGUUCCCUGCGACGGAGAUAGAGAUUCCAGCUACAUGGGCAAACGUUUAGAACAGCAACCAAUGUACCCUCAGUACACAUACUAUUACCCUCACUAUCUCCAGACCAAGCAGUCCUAUGCACCAGCUCCUCACCCCAUGGCUCCCCCCAGUCCCAGCACAAACAGCAGUAACAACAGCAGCUGCAACAGCAAUGGAGAGCAGCUGAGCAAAACCAACCUGUACAUCCGAGGCCUUCCACCCGGCACCACCGACCAGGACCUCAUUAAACUCUGCCAGCCAUAUGGAAAAAUAGUGUCAACAAAGGCCAUCCUAGACAAAAACACAAAUCAAUGCAAAGGUUAUGGCUUUGUAGAUUUCGACAGCCCGGCAGCAGCACAGAAAGCAGUGACCUCUCUCAAAGCCAACGGAGUGCAGGCGCAGAUGGCAAAGCAACAAGAGCAGGACCCCACAAACCUGUACAUUUCCAAUCUCCCCAUUUCCAUGGACGAGCAGGAGCUGGAGAACAUGCUCAAGCCUUUCGGUCACGUCAUUUCCACAAGGAUAUUAAGAGAUGCCAACGGGGUCAGCAGAGGGGUCGGGUUCGCCAGAAUGGAGUCCACUGAGAAAUGUGAAGUAGUAAUUCAACACUUUAAUGGAAAAUACCUGAAAACACCACCAGGUGUACCAGCCCCCAGCGAGCCUUUGCUGUGCAAAUUUGCCGACGGAGGGCAAAAGAAACGACAAAGUCAAAGCAAAUACCCCCAGAAUGGAAGGUCAUGGCCCAGAGAAGGAGAGACUGGCAUGGCUAUAUCAUAUGACCCUACAGCUGCUAUGCAGAAUGGAUUUUACUCGUCACCAUACAGUAUUGCAACAAAUCGAAUGAUUGCACAGACAUCAAUCACCCCAUUCAUUGCUGCUUCUCCUGUUUCAACGUAUCAGGUCCAGAGCACCUCAUGGAUGCCUCAUCAGUCCUAUGUUAUGCAACCAACAGGUGCUAUGAUAACGCCAGCAAUGGACCACACCAUGUCAAUGCCGCCAGCCAGUAUGAUGGGUCCUCUCGCUCAACAGAUGAAUCAUCUGUCUUUGGGUACAACAGGAACAUACAUGACUGCUGCCGCUGCUGCAUCUAUGCAAGGGACGUACAUUCCCCAGUACACUCCUGUGCCUCCGAAUGCUGUCCCUGUUGAAGGAGUUGUUACCGAUGCCUCUCCACAGACACUAGCACCUUCAUCACAGGACACCAGUGGACAACAACAACAGAUACAGGUGGAAAGCACCAAUGAACAUGCACCUGCCUAUUCGUACCAACAGUCGAAUUUCUUUUUCUUUCCUCUCAGAUAAUAACAGGACUGUUCCUCUGAAAGCAUUGCCUGAAACCAGGAAACUGCACUGAAGAGGAAGAAUGCUUCCAGUUCCAGCACCAAAAGAAAUAGUUUUUCAUUUCCUGUCUUGCCCAAUGACAAAAGUGUUGUAACAUACUGUGCAAAAAGGAGGUUCAGUUAUGCAGUAUGACAGUUUUGUAUAGCCAGCAAGUGGAUUUGAAUUUUCCAUCAUUGAAAUUUCUUGAAUUAAAAAAAAGGUAAUAAUUUGAAUGUGCAGAUAGGUUUCGGCAAUGAUGAGAUUUCUGAAUCGAGAGAGGAAGCGAGUUUUGAAAAGAAAAAAAAAAAACAAGGUUGUCUUCCUCAGAUAUUAAGCUACUCUUCCUUUUCUUUCUUUUUAUUUCUUGUGUUUAUUUGUAGUUUUUUAGAAAUGUUUAGGUAAGUUUUUUCUUGAAUCUUUAUUGCCUUAAUUUUAAGGACGUCAGAUGUCUUUUCCAAAGUGAGCAGUUCAGCGUCUUGUGAGGAAAAAAAAAAAUGAAUGAAAGUCGCUUGGACCAAUUUAAUGGUUCAAGAUAUUAAUAGAUGUGAAGAGCUGGGAAAAGAAGAAAACUAUUAAAUAAGCUCUAUAGAUUUAAUAGAAUUUAUUUUCUUCUUUUGAAGAACAUUUUCUUGAUUAUGAAGCAGUGGCAACUGACAACUUUUGGAAAAUGAGAAUGCUGAGACGAAUUUGAUUUCCGUCUGAUGAGAACAGGAGAAAAAGAAACGGAAGGCUAGGAGUAUUUUACAGUACGAGAAAAAAUGGAAACACUGCAUCAUAGGAAAUGCAGCUAGUCUAUUGCAAAAUGCAGAUUUUUUUAAUUUUACACAGCGAAAACGCUAUUGACGGCAUUAGUGCUUUUUAUCUGCAGUCUUUUUUUAUGAGCUUUAAAAAGUUUUUGGUCUGCUUUGCUUGUCACAUCACAAAAAAAACACAAAAAAAAUAGCAGUGCAAAACUACAUAGAUAGGAGCUUAUGAUUAAACUGAUUAGUGCAAAAGCAAUAGACAGAAGAAAUUGUUGACAAUUUCUGUAGUCUUUCAUAGUUGUUGAUCAAAUGUAGCCUAUGGAUGGCCUAUUUUAUACCAAAGAUGAAGUGACACCCUAACGCUGUUGAGGAGAUAGAGGUUUUUUUUUUUUUUUGUUGUUGUUGUUUUUGUCGUCUUUUUUUUAUCUUUAUUUGACCUACAUGGCCGGACCAGUUCUUACUUUCAUUUAAUAGUUUAAACUACCCUCCACUAGUGUCCAGUAACACACAUAAAACUGUUUACUCUCUAACUCUCUCUCUCUCUCUCUCUAACUCUCUCUACAUACUUAUAAUCACAAACAUAGAACAAAACAAAUUACUAUUGAAAACAUACCUAUGUUUCAUGGCUCCAUGGAUCAUUUUUUUUUUCAUGCAUAAGACAGCCACUCAAAGACAUCAUGUUCAUUUUCUGCCUUCCUGUGCCACCUGUGUAUUUACAUUGUAUGUCCAGCUACCUCCACCAAAAUGGAACAGGGUCAUGCCAGAGAUACCUUUUAAAAAACAAUAAAGUACGCUAUUUCUGUCAGUUGCUUAUUGUUCAGUGCGUAUUGUACAUUUCUUCAUGAUCAGAUAAAAAAAAUAUGAUGCUUACAUUUAAAUUGCAGAUUAAUAACAAUGUAGGAUAAUUUGAAAUACAACUGAAUUCAUAGUAAGGAAAAUACACAUUAAUAAUAUAAUAAACACAACGUUUUUUUUAAAUAAAAUUAAAGUUUGACAUUUCUGAAUUUACUCUAGCCUGUUAAAGACGUCAACAAAUGGCUAGCACGGUUUCAUAAAUAUAAAAGUAUAUUAAAUUAUAUAAAAAUAAAUAAAAAAAAUAUUUGAGUGAAUAUUGCCCAUUGUACUCAUAUUUGGUACACAGCUAUCUUCUAAUAAUUCUCUCAAUUCAUGUUCCAUAUUGGUCAAUAUUGGUGCUUUCCAAUCAUUCCUCAUAAACCAUUGGAGAUUCAUAUUUGUUACGUUAAAUAAAUAUCAGAGGCAAGACUUAACUCUAAACUAAUGUCGAUGUCAAUAUUGUAUUUCAGUGGUUCAGCACAUUCUCUCUUGCAUGACCUAUUUUAGAAUUGUGUAACAAGGCACCACAAGCUAUCUUUGUUAGGUGCUUCACAAAACAAUCAGUACAGGUAACUCUGGCUUGAACUAUGCUGAGGGUGGAGGGGGAUGCUAUUGCUUGGUGAAAAGACCCUAGGCUGUAAAAAGAAAUGUAAAAGAAUGUCUCUAAAUCUAAAGCUUGUUUGAUUACAUACACAGUUCAGCAGUUUAAUUGACGAGCCCAAAUCAUGGUUUAUGAUUAAAUGCAGAAGGCUACAGUAUUGUAGAAGCAGGAUUUUGGGUGUCUGUACCUAAAUAUCAGAAUACAUUUUUAGCUUUGGGGUGCACACAUUUUCUGGUCAUUCUGGAAUACUGGAAUUGUGUUGUUGCAGAGCACGAAAGAAAAACAUUUUGAAGUGUGCUGCACCUGAAUAGCACAAUCAGUCAUGCAUAACUCAAGGCUUAUCUAAAAGUAAAAAAAAACCUGACUGUAUUUUAAUAAUAGAUUUGUCUGUUGACAAAAGUAAACUCUCAAAUGUACUUGGCUACACGUUUCAUGCAUCAAACACUUAAUUUAAACCUAUACAGUCUUCAUUUAAAGGAUCAUCAAUCUUGAAUACCCAUUCCCAGGGUUUUCUUUGUUCAGUCAACUAACAAAUUGGGUAUAAACACACCAAGUUUCAUCAUUUCAGUAACAGUUUAAAUACACAAGUUGUUUUCAUAUUAAUUUGGGGGGGUUGUUUUCUUUUCCUGCAAGGUCAUCCUAAUUAUCUAUGUCACAUUGCAGUGCCACAGUUUUUGCACUUGUCGUACUUUCAGAAACCUGUACCUGUCUUUGGUCAUUAGAGUAGAACCCGUUUUAUUUAAACUCCUUACUUCUACUGGGGGAGUGCCCCACAAGACCAAAUCUUUUUUUCAUGUCUAAAAAGUGUUCUUCUAUAAUUGGCUCAAUGUAGGCUCUUUUUCCAUCUGCACUAUUUAUCUGGGACUGGUGCUAGUUGUAUCUGCAGUCUAAGAUCCAGUCUGCAACUGGAUGUUACUCAAUAUUAUACCAAUAUCUAUCAAUAUAUUGUGCAAUUCUCAUUUAUACCGUCACCUAUUUUUACUUGAUAAUGUAAUUAGGGUAAAAUUUUAGGUUUUAACUGAUAAAAAAAAAAAAAAUCUAAACCAAACUGUUACUUAUUUUGUGCUCACUUCCAUUCAUGUUGCUGUUUACUGUAAUGUUUGCAAUAGAGGUACAUCUAGCACUGUGACUCCCAUCUGUGGUGUUAUUUCUUUAUAACAGUUCUCAGGAUGCCUCAACACAUUAAAACUCAAGAAGAGUACUUUUGGGUAAUACCAGAAAGAACUGCUCAGUAUAAUAAAAGGCUAAAUACACAUAGGUUUUUGGUCAUCUACAAAAAAAAGCAAAAUUCUUAAAAAUAAUCACUGAGAAAUUCAAUUUCAAAAUGCUUUACACUCUAUUCCUUGUGGUACAUGGAGACAAGGCAAAUUUUCACCUUUGAUUCCAGCUCUGCCAAGGGAUAUGUUCUUUAUUACAGUAUACCAUUCUCUCUUAUAACCUCUUCCCACUUUUAAACUGCUAUAUACAAAAACAGGUGGUCCCCAAUUAGAAACAGCAUGCAGAGCCAACCGUUGUGUCUUGAUUUGAUUGAUUAAAAGCUGUGUAUUUUGAGUUGCUAGCCUGUGUCCUUUGAAGAGGGGGAAAGGGUUCAUGUACGAUAAAAUCAAUGCCAGACUAUCAGUAUUUCACACAGGUAAAGGAAAAGAGGAGGCAUCUCCCUGUUUUCUGGUCUGAAACUAGAACGUGUUUGUUUUUUAUUCUGCCUUUGGAUAUUCAAAACUUACAUGUAUUAGCUGCUAUAAAUUCUUCAGUAUUUUACAACCAGGCACAUAGGGGCAGUUGAUAAGUCACCAUUGCAGUUUAACCCUCCAAGUACAAAACCCAUCAAUUUGCCACGGCCAUCAUGACAGUGUAUUUUUAAAACUCUGACCCCUAUUCCAAUAAGUUUGAGAGAGGUUAACUACUAAUAUAAUGCUGGUUUACUGUUAUUUCUAUGAUACCAAAUCUACACUGCCAUUACCUUAUUUCCCUGUGAAACUAGAAUUGACCUUAAAAAAUGGACUGAAAGUUAAACAAUGCCCAGUCAAGCCAACAUACCAAAUCAGAUUUAGCACAGUAAUUACUAGUUAAAAUUAACUUAAACAUAUUUGGGGGGGGGAGCAAGCUCUUUGGAGUCCUGAGUCUUUUAGGGAUAUAUAUGGUAAAGUGCUUGGCAAAGAAGUGCGGACACAUAAGGACCCUAGAAAUGAAAUUGUUCCUGUUUUCCUACCGUGUUCUCGUGAACUAAAUUUAGAAGAAAGGUUCAAAAGUAGUGACUGGUAGAGCUAAUAGUUGUUCAGAUGGUGUUCUGCAGUUAAGGAAAUGAUAUGCAGUAAUUUCCAUUAAUCCUUUACCACAGGCACGCCACAAAAUAUUUCUGAAAAGGGCAUCAUGAACAGAGCCUGUAAACAGAGAUUGGCAGAGAUGUGUUGUUAAGCAGCAUGAAAGAUUAACUGACACAUCUGUCUCAUCUGUAUUCAAUAUUAGGAUCCCAGCUGCUGUCAUUUAUCAUGUGCCCUUAAUAUGCAACUUGUUGCCUAUCGUGAAAUUGGUGCGGUCAACAGCUGGUCUUCUUAUCAUCUCAAGACAGGCACUUGCCAGGGAGAGUACAGAUUCAGAUCAAAUAUGUGCAGACCCCAAUGUAAUACCACUGUAGUAGCCAUGAAACCUACAGAAUCAGUGGGAUUUUACUUUUUUUACUUUAUAUAAAGUUUAGAGUCUAGGGUUUGCAGUGAGAAUAUAGAUCCUUUCACCGGUGGCCACCUAGGUAUGUACUGCAGCCUCAAGUUAUUUCUAUUUUUGGGCCAUUCAGGGCAUAUUUGAAAUGAUCUCAGCCCAUUGUCUUGGGGAUGCCCCCAUUGGUGGGACAGGGACAGUGUGGGUAAGUUCAAAUUAUUGCUGUCCAUCUCCAGCAUUCAAAACAUGUUGCUUUACAUAGAAGAACAGGAAACUAUUCAUUGCAAACCCAAUCACAUUAUUCGGUCAGGACAAGUGAUUUUUAAAAUACAAUUUUAUUAGAGAAAAAAGCAGUAAUCAUGCAUCACAGCCUUUUGACUAUUCACCAAUGAAAGAUAUUCAUAUACUGAAUGUUUUUUUUAUCUCAACAGAGUCAGCCACUACGUGUAUUAAGACUUUAUCCAUAAAGAUGACAGUUGGGUACCAGUGUAAAAUAAGGACAAAUGUAUAUUUGUGUUUAAAAAUGGUAGUACUUGGAGUGUUAAAAUAGCCAUCUUCCUUUGCUGUGCUUGGUUGAAGAAAAUGGUAUUAGAAUAAUAUCUAAAAAAAGAAAAAAUCUAAACUGUUCAACCAAAUUUUAAAAACAGAAAAACCUCCGCUAGACAUUAAAUUAUUAAAAAUGUAUUUAUGAAAUCAUUUUUGUACAGGUGUUUAAAAGAAAACAGAACAGUUCUAUGAUGCUUUUUUUUUUUAAUUUGCAGCACGAUCAUAGCUCUCAUCUUUUUGGUUGUGAUCCUGGGAAUUUCUGUAGAUCAGUGGAUGUUAGGUUUAAACUUCUGUUUUAUUUUUCUUUGAUGAAGCUUUCAAUAAAAAAAAUAUGUUUAAAAAUAAACAAGGAUUGUGUUGUGAUAUUUCAAUGUCUCUAGUCUAGUAUGUGUGCAUUUCAUCUAAAGCGGGGUGCAUCAGACACUUGGAUUUGGUAUUGUCUGCCAGAUAUUCAUCUUUUUAAAUCCCUAUGGUUACCAGAGCACUGCUUGGGUGACGGUUCUUUUGUUUUUCAUUUUUGUGUUACGUGAUUGUUUUUGUUAAAGCUUUUUAUUUUGUGUUUAUUAAAAAUGCGCAGCAGCGCUUAAACUGCA